AUGUCUUCAAUUCUUGUGCUUCUGAUUCUUCUUUUCUCGAGCUUCGAAGCAUCGGAUUCAAUUUCAGUUGGAUCGCGGUCAAUUCUCAGAGCUAUUAACAACAAAGACGGUGAAAAACAUGACUUUGCUGUUGAUUUGAACGCUACGAGCUUCGAUGCAGUUCUGAGAGAAACACCGGCUACAUACGCCAUUGUCGAAUUCUUCGCACACUGGAAUGAGGAAAGCCACAACUUAUGCAAGACAUUGCCUUAUGCCAAUGAGAAGAAAGCCCAAUAUGAAAAGGUCGCAAGGCUCUUCAAUGGAGCUGAUGCUGUUCAUCCAGGCCUCAUAUUGAUGACAAGGGUAGACUGUGCAUCAAAGGGUAAAACAAUCCUCAUCACCAACGAUGAAGAAAAGAAAGCAUGUGCAUGUUGUGACGUGAUGCCCAUCAGUGUCUCUUCUACCCCAGUUCCGGCUCCCUCUGUGGCAGUCAGGGUUGUGUUCGGGCUUGGGUCCCUUUUCUUAAGUUAUAGCUUAGUGAUUCGUCCUCUCCUUUUGACUUGUUUGGCAGCACAGGACAAAAGUGAAUUACGUCCCAUUGACGAUGGACGGACAGCUGACCAUUUGCUAAACUGGAUCAAUAAGCAAAUGGGCAGUUAUGAAGUUUCAGAGAGGAACGAAAGACAGAACUCUGGUGGACCAUGGACUAUGGAUGAAAUGGUCCUGAGAAAAGUGUCUCCUAAAUGUCUCGUGAAAAAAAUGGAAGGGGUCUAUGGAAAAGCAAGAAAAGAGAUAACAAGGAAUACAGCACAUAGUUUAUGCAUCACUGGCGAGAUAAGCUCGCCUCGCCUCGCUUCUCGCCUAGGCGAGCGCCUAGGCGAACUUUUCAAAACACUGAUGAAGACAUGCGAGCCUAGUCCAAACUCAUAUGGUUUGGAUGAUGAGAAAUAUGAGAAUGAGCUUCUUCAGACGAAUGUGUCUGAUCCUGGACAGAUUGCACGUGCUGUUUAUGAUGUUGAGGAGGCAACAUCCACCGCCUUUGAUAUAAUUUUAGGCCACAAGAUGAUCAAACUGGAGACUCGGGCAUCACUUAUUAAAUUCCUUCAACUUCUGGUGGCUCAUCACCCUUCUAGGAGGUGCCGGAGGGGAAGUGCAGAAAUACUUGUAAACUUCGACGACUUGUGCCCAUCAGAUAUGAUGUUGGACAACAAGCACGAGUCUGUCAUCAGUUGCGGAAACAGAACAUUGGGGAAUUCCCAUAUUUGUGGAAAAGAAGUUCCUCGUGGAUAUUGGAUGUUUUGUCGUGGCAGCAAGAAUGAUACUAGGGGUUUCAGUUGUGGAUUGUGGGUUUUAUUACACUCACUCUCAGUGAGGAUGGAUGAUGGAGAGAGCCACCUCGCAUUUGGAGCUAUAUGUGAUUUUAUUCACAACUUCUUCAUUUGUGAGGAAUGCUGCCAGCAUUUCUAUGAGAUGUGUUCAAGUGUUUCUAGUCCUUUCAACAAAACCCGUGACUUUGUCCUCUGGUUGUGGAGUGCACAUAAUAAAGUCAAUGAGAGAUUAAUGAAAGAAGAAGCAUCUCUUGGAACCGGUGAUCCUAAAUUCCCAAAGAUUAUUUGGCCUUCAAGACAGCUUUGCCCUUCUUGCUAUCUUGCCGAAAGCCGGAAAGGCAAUGGAAAUAGUCAGAUUGAUUGGGACCAUGACGAGGUCUUCAAGUUAUUGACUAGCUAUUAUGGGAAGAUGCUCGUAACUCUAACCAAGGACAAGGGACUUCUCGCUGAGGGUGGGUCCAGCAGGGCGCUUGCUGAGGAGGCAAUAGCUUCAACACAUGCAAUUGUGGUGCCAGUUGGGGCUGCGUUUGCAAUUGCUGUUGCGAGCUGUGCAUUUGGUGCACUAGCUUGCUUCUGGCGUUCACGCCAAAAGAAUCGAAAGUAUUUACACCAACUACACUCUUUAAAGAACAUAUGAUUUUUUGGAGGGUAAUGAGCUCUUACAAAGUAGAUUAAAGAGCAAAACAAUCUUUUUUAAAAAAACUAAGAAGGAAGAGAAAUACUUCCAUAAAAACAGAGAGUGGGGUUGUGUUUGGGGGGAGGUUGAUAUUCUCAUUUAUUUUUGUUCCACCAACAUUUCAGGCCAAGGAGAAGCUGGAACUGAGAUUGUUUACAGGACGGAACUACAUAUGGCCAUUGAUUAAGGUUCACCCUAUUGACUCGGGUCUGGCUCCUCUCAGUUGGGUGGAGCUAUAACCCUAGUGCAACAUACACGCUUCAGAGAGUCUACCUAUAAUUAAACUGUGUGGGCUCUGGAUGCAACAAGGGUUUGUGGUCUGUUGGCAAAAGCAUUGUGGGUAGAAGUUUUAGUUGAUUUUAUCGGUUUGAUGGAGUAAAUAUAGUUCUCUAUAGAUGCUUGUGGGCAAACUGCUAAACAAAGGGGUUGGUUUGCUUUCCACCGAGCUUCGAAAAACGGCACAAAAACAAAGGAUAGCAACUUUCUGGGCUGAUUCAGCAUUUAAUUUCCAGGUUUAAUUUCUUCUAUGUUGUGAUUGUUAAACAUUUUUCACUCAUGUUCACUGUCUCACACCAUAGGGGUUAUGCUAUCCAUCAGCCUAUAAAGACCACCAAAACAUUGUAUAUGAAAUAAAUUAUCAAUUACAUGCUCCGGA